GUCAUGUGGAGUCACAUCGAGGGAGCCCUGCAGAUGAGACCUUUAGGUAUAAUGCCAUCGCAUCUAGCACUCGAUUCAAGUUGCAAGUCGUCGCUGGAGUGUCUUCUGUUCAUCGCCAACAGUCAUUGCAGCUGGCACAGGGGGGCCGUCUGCGACUGCCAGCCGUAUCACGUUCGCUACAACAACUCUAUGUGCUUGAAAGCGUCUCUGUUAUCCUACGGCUGUGCAAUGGAUGAACAAUGCUCACGGCGGGUGCCUCACAGCCAGUGCGGUUCCAAGGGACUAUGCGAGUGUCAGAAAAACUACCUCCCAUACCGCCUGGACAAGUGCCUGCCUCCCGCUAAGUUGGAAGAGUACUGCCUCAACGAUCUCCAGUGCAAGAUGGCCAACCGAUUCAGCUACUGCAAGUACAUCAUACCGAGGGUGUACGGCAAGUGCAAGUGUCCCAGCGGGUACAUGCUCACGCACGACCAAGAAUGUAUGCCUUGUGAGUAG